UUCUCUGCCACUAAAGACGACGACGACAGCGACGACGAAGACGGAGCAGCAGCAGCAGCGACAGCAACAUCAACUCCCUGGCAAAUAAGAAAGUUACAGUGUGCGCGUGGUGAAAAUUGAUCGCGAACAAAAGAAGUGCUUACAAAUUGGAAAAUCUAGCUCAUUAUCGUGUCUGGCCCCCGUCAACUGGAUCGGCCGAGCGGUAAAACGGCAGCACGACAGCAGCAAGCAGCAAACCGGCAAACCGGCAAAGGCAAAGCAAAGGCGGCGGAACGUGCAAAACCCCUGACGUGCAAUCCGAGGCGGAGAAUCGGAAGCGAGACGCUUGCGCAGAUCUGCCGAGAUCAAGUCAACAACUCAAUCCAAUAAACUAAACACAACUAAAUAAAUCGUGUAAAUAACAACUCAGCAACUCAGCAAACGCAGCAGCAGCAGCAGCUCAGCGCCUCAGCUCUCAGCUUCUCAGUUCAAGUUGCAGCUUAUUUAAAGGCAACGCGUCUUGCUGUUAAUCGUUCAGAACACUUUAAGCUGCCCAGCGUGUAGCAACGCGAGUGAUCACAAUACACAAAACCGCAAAAGUUAAAAUUAAACAAUAACAGCCGAAUAAUAAUAAAAGUGAUUGUCGAAAAUGUGUUAAAACCGCCAAGCGACGUGCUUGCCCUCUGUUCAAAAGAAUUUCGUAUUCUUACAUUUAUUUUUAUUUCGAUUCGUCACACGAACCUUGCAAAAUCCUCGCCCCGCUUUUGACUGCUUCUUAUGCAAUUCACCCUGUUGUUGUAAUCGCAAACAACACUCAGUCAGAGCCAACGCGUGUAAUCUAUAAAGAUUACAACUUAAAACCUAUAACCGUAAAUUAUUAACCUAAUAUAACCAAAAAACCAAUACAAACAAAAUGUCAGCAUCUAAGGAAGCGAUUUGCUCCACUUCCGAAAAGGAGCCUGAGAAGCCACAAUUAGGCUGGGCAACCACCCGCUACUUUGUCACGUUCAUGCUCUUUUUGGGCAUGGCCAAUGCCUAUGUGAUGCGCACCAACAUGUCGGUGGCAAUUGUGGCCAUGGUCAACCAUACGGCAAUUCAAACGGAGGAGAUAUUGGACGACGAGUGCGGUGAUCGAGAGCUGGAAGUUGACAAUGGCGAAGACGGAGAGUUUGCUUGGAACUCCAGUCUGCAAGGCUACAUUCUCUCGUCCUUCUUCUAUGGCUAUGUGAUCACCCAGAUUCCAUUCGGCAUAUUGGCCAAGAAAUACGGUGCCAUGCGUUUCCUGGGCUGGGGUAUGCUCAUCAACUCGGUCUUUGCCUUCCUGGUGCCCAUCGCAGCCCGCGAGGGUGGCGUCUACGGUCUGUGUGCCAUCCGUUUCAUUCAGGGACUUGGCGAGGGACCCAUUGUGCCCUGCACCCAUGCGCUGCUAGCCAAAUGGAUUCCGCCCAAUGAACGUUCACGUAUGGGUGCCGCCGUCUAUGCUGGAGCACAGUUUGGCACCAUCAUCUCUAUGCCGCUCUCCGGACUGCUGGCUGAAUAUGGUUUCUCCGGUGGUUGGCCAUCGAUCUUCUAUGUGUUUGGCAUUGUCGGAACACUGUGGUCGAUUGCCUUUCUCAUUCUGGUCUUUGAGGAUCCCUCGGUGCAUCCUCGCAUUGAUGAGCGUGAGAAGCGUUACAUUAACGACGCGCUCUGGGGCACUGAUGUUGUCAAGAGCCCUCCAAUUCCUUUCAAGUCCAUCUUGAAAUCGCUGCCCUUCUAUGCCAUUCUGUUCGCUCACAUGGGUCACAACUAUGGCUAUGAGACACUGAUGACAGAGUUGCCCACUUACAUGAAGCAGGUGCUGCGCUUCUCCCUCAAGUCCAACGGUCUGCUCAGCUCACUGCCUUACCUGGCGAUGUGGUUGUUCUCCAUGUUCAUUUCGGUGGUGGCCGAUUGGAUGAUUACCUCGAAGCGUUUCUCACUGACAGCCACCAGGAAGAUCAUCAACAGUAUUGGCCAGUAUGGUCCUGGCCUGGCUCUCAUUGCCGCCUCCUACACCGGCUGUGAUCGUGCCUUGACCUUGGCUAUUCUCACCAUUGGCGUCGGCCUCAAUGGUGGCAUCUACUCGGGCUUCAAGAUCAAUCACUUGGAUCUGACUCCUCGUUUUGCUGGCUUCCUUAUGGCCAUCACAAACUGCUUGGCGAAUUUGGCUGGUCUGCUUGCUCCCAUCGCCGCGGGCAAUUUGAUCAACGAUAACCCUUCGAUGGGUCAGUGGCAGAUUGUGUUCUUCAUUGCCGCAUUUGUGUAUAUCAUUUGCGGCACAUUCUACAACAUCUUCGGCUCUGGAGAGCGCCAGUUCUGGGACAAUCCCGAGAACGACGAGCAGAAGCCAAGUCUGGGGAGCAACACACCUGCAAGUCUGAGCAAUGGCAGUUCACCUCCGUUGGCCAUUACCGCCAGCGAGUCAAGGCAGUAACACUUCCGCUUGCUGUUAUUAUUAACCAUAACUACGUAAUACUACUACUACAAUACACAAGAUAGUUUAAGUUAUUAUUUUAGUUUAUUAUAAGUUAAGCCAAAAGUUGUUAUUAGUGCCUCCGAAAGAAAACCCGACCAAUCCAAAUCAAGAAUAAAAGACAAUAAUCAUAGAUAAAUCGUUGUGCAAGUCCGGUACACUGACGACCUCCAUUGUUUUCCCUGUAAGCAAGAGCACAAAUUAAGAGUCAGAUUUCGCAAAAACAUUGUCAAACACUUCUAGUAAGAAAGAAAAAUGAGAUAUAAUCAAGUAUCUACCAUUUAAAAUGUGUAGUUUCCUAUUGUGAUAGCCAAGAGUUUAGUUUUCUUUGUAGUUUAUCAAUACAAUUGAAAUCAAUUAGAAGUAACUCUGUAUAAAACGAACCAUGAUUGAAUGCAAACAAUUUAAAAUUGAACUCAAAAGACACAAAAAAGUUUGCAAAUAAAAAUUAUACCUGCUAAAUGCCAA